AUGUAUUUGACCACAGCCACUGCAACACAACAAACAAACGCAGAAAGUCAGGAUAGAUCAGACAGCAUCCUUUUAGCGACAUGGAUACUUCUAGGAGUCACAGUAUCUGUUUUUUUUGCUCGUCAAGUCCUGAAAGCAGUUGUUUUACAAAAGGUCACGGUAGAUGACCUCCUCAUCUUUUUAGCAACUCUAAGCUGGCAGGUUUUUUCAAUCGCUCUAUCGGUUACGACGUCUCUACUUGCCUACAAAGGCCUCAGUUAUCCGGGGCUGUUGGCCAUUGAGCGUGCCAGUGUCCUCAUGAAAGGCAACUACGCUUCCGACUUCCUCUACAUUGCGUCGCUUUACUUCUCGAAGAUCUCGCUGCUUCCGUUCUUUUAUACUGUCCUACCUGUUCAGCGCAUGCACCAAAAAGCAAUAGCCGGUUUUGCGACUUUUGUUUCUUUCUGGAGCAUCGCGUCGAUAGUUGCUAUCGCCUUCCAGUGCCAAUUACCAACACCUUGGGAAUCAAUCGCCCGAAGGUGCUUCGAUACCCCUCACAUCCCAUGGCCACCUCAAUUCUCGACCCAACAAUGGAUUAUGGAUGCCGGCUAUCCUUUCACAGAUCCAUCCUGCGGUAUGAGCGCGUACCACAUAGGUCGCCGCAAAUCCCCACUCCAUCACCCCUUAGUCCUCUCACAUCUCCGCGAUUUGGCCUACGACCCUCAACAGCACGGAGCGGAUCAACGAAUCGUCAUGGCCUGA